AUGGAACGCCAGCUUGAUCGCGGAGGUUGCAAUCGACUCGACCAUAUAAUUGGGGAGUCCAUCCGGAGGGGUGAAAUCAUUGACAUGGAUCAUCACAUCGCCCAAAUAGAACGUAGAGAGCUUCUCUUUGAGGAGGAGACAGAGGAGGGCCCGCCAUUUGGAUGGGUUGUACUAUGGGCUGGCACUUAA